AUGUUUCCUCUGCAACCCCUCGAAGACGAACCUCCACGGGAACUUCCAGCCGACAGCGAAAACAAUAAGUCUGUACAUGAAGUAUACGAUCAAGCACUGGCAGAUCGUACCCUUGAAACCCUAGGAUACACUGCCGAGCUCCGCCGGAAUCGAUCUACCUGGAAUGUUGUUUUUAUGUGCUUCAUCCUAUCCUCUGUUCCCUACGGAGUUUCAACCACCUUCACGUACCCAUUGACCGGAGGAGGUACUGCUAAUGUGAUCUGGGGAUGGGUGGCUGUAUGUCUGAUUAUUCUCUGCGUAGCUGCUUCGCUGGCAGAGAUCACCUCGGUUUUUCCUACAGCCGGUGGUGUCUACUACCAGACAUUUGCCUUGUCACCUCCCUGGUGCCGGCAUAUAUUUGCCUGGAUCUGCGGCUGGGCUUACACAACUGGUCAAAUCAUGAUUACACUGUCAGUCAAUUUUUCAACCACACAGUUUUUCAUCGCAAGUCUCAAUGUCUUUGAGAAGUCCCCCGGAGUCGGCAUCACCGACCAUUUCGAAGCUUACCACGUGUUCCUAAUAUUUCUGGCGAUUACCCUUCUAUGCCAUGCAGUUCCGACGUUUGGCAAUAAAUGGCUGCCUUGGAUAGAGCAAUUCGCCAUUUUUCUAACUAUAGCCGGGGUCGUUUCAAUCAUCGUCUGCAUCCUGGUUCUUGCGAAGCAGGGCAGACACUCCGCCGACUGGGUUUUCACACAUUUCGAGCCGCUGAGCGGCUGGCCUGCGGGCUGGUCGUUUUGUGUCGGGCUCUUGCAAGCUUCGUGGGCAACCUCAGCCACGGGAAUGAUCAUCUCAAUGUGUGAGGAGGUGCGUGAGCCCGCUGUUCAAGUACCCAAGGCCAUGGUGGGGACCGUGGGGAUUAAUAUGAUAGUCGGUCUAGCACUUUUGAUUCCUUUUUGUUUCGUACUGCCGGAUCUAAGUGCCCUGAUCGCCUCAGGCCAGCCAGUCCCGCCGACUUUGAAAUCAGCCACUGGCAGUUCCAUCGGUGCCUUCUGCUUGCUUAUCCCAUUAUUGGUACUAGGCCUGAUCUGUGGUGUUGGCUGUGCAACAGCUACAUCUCGAUGCACUUGGGCAUUCGCACGCGACGGCGCAAUUCCUGGAUCUAAAUGGUUGAAGAUCGUCAACAACCGCUUAGAUAUCCCGCUCAAUGCCAUGAUGCUAGGCAUGAUAAUGGAAAUUCUAUUGGGAUUAGUUUACUUUGGAUCUAGCGCGGCAUUCAGUGCCUUCUCCGGUGUGGGUAUUAUACUACUGACUCUCAGCUAUGCCUGCCCUGUGGCCGUAUCGCUCAUCAUACGGCGCCGUCGAGAUAUCAAGCAUGGUAGUUUUCAUCUUGGUCAUCUGGGCACAUUCUGCAACAUUGUUACCGUUGCGUGGACCCUCUUGGCCAUUCCUUUAUUCUGCAUGCCGACUUACAAAAAUGUCACUGUCGGCACAAUGAAUUACGCAGCCGUUGUAUUCGUGGGCAUUGUGUUUAUCUCAGCACUAUGGUACUGGGUAUGGGGACAUGAAAACUUUGCUGGUCCGCCCACCGAUGGAGUGAAUCCUUAUGCCGAGGAUUCCGAAUGA